CAAUCGCGGAGUUGGGCUGAGCAUCAACCGUUUAGAAACCGAAGCCAGUGGCAUUCCCCCGUAAUUAACCCUCUAAACCGAGGGCAAUCUCGCUGUAUUCAAUUAAUAUAAAUAAAAACCACGGAGAAGAUCCCAACUUUGCAAUCUAGACAAUUCCCCUAAUUAUUUAUUUUAUUUUUUUACAAGCGAAGACUCGGUGCAGAGCAACAAGAAGAAAAAAAUUAUGCUCUCGGAUCAUCAUUGAGUAGUUUCGUCGAGGAGAAGUUUUUCGUGCAGUUGGGGGGAGAGAGGGGGAGUAAAUUUAGAGAGAGAAACUCUUCCUGCCGCGGUGUAAUAAUAAUGGCGGAGGAGGAGAGCGUCAAGUUGUUCGUGGGUCAAGUGCCCAAGCACAUGACGGAAUCGCAGCUGCUCGCAAUGUUCAAGGAGUUCGCCUCAGUGGACGAAGUCAACAUUAUCAAGGACAAGACCACGCGUGCUUCUCGAGGAUGUUGUUUUGUGAUAUGUCCGUCGAGAGAGGAAGCGGACAAGGCGAUUAGUGAGUGUCAUAAUAAGAAGACGCUGCCUGGGGCAUCUAGUCCGUUGCAAGUGAAGUAUGCUGAUGGCGAGUUGGAAAGGCUAGAACACAAACUCUUUAUCGGUAUGCUUCCAAAAAAUGUUUCGGAUGCUGAGGUCUCUGCAUUAUUUUCAAAUUAUGGGACCAUAAAAGACUUACAACUUCUUAGAGGUUACCAACAAACCAGCAAAGGUUGCGCAUUUCUGAAGUUUGAGACAAAAGAACAAGCGCUUGCAGCUAUUGAAGCCCUCAAUGGGAAGCAUAAGAUUGAGGGUUCAACUGUUCCAUUGGUGGUUAAGUGGGCUGAUACAGAAAAGGAAAGACAGACAAGGAGGGCUCAGAAAGCUCUGUCAUUGGCAUCUAAUGUACCAAAUCCAGACUCCAGGCAACAUUUAUACGGUGCUUUGCCCAUGGGUUAUAUGCCUCCAUAUAAUGGAUAUGGUUAUCAGACUCCUGGGACUUAUGGUCUCAUGCACUAUCGCCUGCCGCCAUUGCAGAAUCAGCAUGCCUUUCACAAUCUUAUCCCACCUUUAAACCAAGGAAAUGCUAUACGUGGAGUAACACCUGACCUUUCAUCUGGAAUGGCUCCAAGAAGUUAUACCGUGUCACCUGCAAAUUAUGUUGGAUCUGCUUAUCCAGCUCUACAUGGGGUUCAAUAUCCUUUGGCUUAUCCUGGAGCCAUGAUGAGUAACCGGCCACUGGGUGGUCCAUCAGGUGCUCUGUCACCAUCCACUGCAAAUAGCCAAUCUGCAGCAUCUUCAAGUGUCAGCACUAGCUCAGGGGGGCAGAAUGAAGGUCCACCUGGAGCUAAUUUGUUUAUUUACCACAUUCCUCAAGAAUUUGGUGAUGAUGAACUCGCAAGUGCCUUUCAGCGUUUCGGUAGGGUAUUGAGCGCCAAGGUCUUUGUAGACAAAGCAACUGGGGUUAGCAAAUGUUUUGGAUUCGUUAGUUAUGAUUCACCAGUGUCAGCACAGAAUGCCAUUAACAUGAUGAAUGGCUUUCAAUUAGGUGGUAAGAAAUUGAAGGUUCAACUUAAGAGAGAUAAUAAGCAAAGCAAACCUUACUAACUUUAAGGUAAGUUAUGUAUGAGAGCAAAACUCUCAAAGCUUGAAUGAUCACACAAGUUCUCAGAAAAUGCUGCAAUUCGAGUGACUGGGAUGUGAGACAUUCCACGGUCGCAUGCGAUACUGUCCAUCCUUCUGGAUUGAAGUUCAAGACACUUGUAAUUCUUCAUUUAUUUGUGCCCCUGUAUUUUUAGUCUGUAACAUGAAUAUCAAUUAGACAUUAAAUUUUUAGUUUCUUAAUUGCUGUUUCAAGAAUUUAUUUUUUUGUACAAUUUCUCUGUGAAUACCAUGAAAAGAUUUGAUCAUUUCUCUUACAAAGUCAUUAUUUCCUUCAA